GCUUAUCCCAUCUUGAAAGGCGCGUAAACUACCAAGGUGCGUGCUCUAAAUGAACAAAGGAAGAGACCUCCUUUGGCCGCCUGUGGAAUUGGUCGAAUUCGGGGCGAUUAUUUGAAAAGUGGCAAAAUCGCGCACCCCCAGAAGCGAUCGCCGACGUUUGCUGCAUGCAGGCUGGGUGUUGCCAUGAAAGGUUGUCAACCCACAAGAGAACCUAGCUCUGUAGCCUAGCAAAAAACAAAGAGAGACGACUGGGGCAAGCAGGCUUUUUGUUAUUCUGUCUUGUUCAUUCUGUAUCCUCUUUUAAACUGCCUUCCUCUUUCUGUAUACGCCACCAGUACCUUCGGAAAGCUUUAGGAAACAUCAAGAAGAAGCUCCCCUACCGGAGAACUCGAGAGAGAUUCAGAGAUUCAAACUCGCCCGCCAUGUCAAACCCACCGACACCGCUCAAAGUGUCUCCGGCGGCGACAAGUUAUACCGCCGCAACCAUGGACUCAGAUCUGAGAUCCCAGAUAAACACCCUCCUAAUAAACGACGAGCUCUCCGUCAAGAUCCAAGAAGCUCUCCUCCACUCCCUAAACGCACACCCAGCCAACUGGCCCACCCAGAUCCAACAACAUGCCCUCUCGCUCCUCCGCGCCGGCGACAUCACCACAUUUCCGGCACUCCUCGACAAGGUGCUGGAGGACGUCAGGCAGAGCACUGCGGCGGCGGCGGCGGAUUCAUCGUCGGCCACAAACGGUGAGGCCAACGGCAAAAAGACAAACGGGGACGCCGGGGCCGACUCGACGUCGAACCUGGCAGUGCCGCAGGCCGUGGUCGACGAGGCGCUCAAGGUGACCAUGGACUGCUUAGUCGAUUUAGUCGAGUUCUCGGGGGAGAAUGGCACUACUUGAAUGUUCAUAUAGUCCCUCCACUCAGAGUGGAGAUAUGGGGGGGGGGGGGGGGGGUGAGUAUGUCGCCUUUGCUAGCUACCUCAUUCGAGGCCCUAUGCGGAGUUGGCAAAAACGGAAUAAGGAAAAAAGAAGUAAUGGUUCGGUGCUAGAUAUUCACAGAAAAACAAAGAGAAAUGGCAAACAUGAGGUCAAUGUAUUUAAAGAGGAUGAGGCUACAUCACUCCGCAUGUAGUACAUUGUGCCAGAACAGUCAAGGCGUCUUGGAGGAGGUGUCGCUCACCUUUUUGGCUCCCGGAGAAUGCAAUACGAGUGGAAGACAUCUUAAAUACUAUUAGCAGAGCAUUGGACAUGGCACGCAUGACACCUUGCCAUCGUCAUGGUGAACCACAGCUAUUUUGGUCUUUUUUUUUUCGAUUUUCCAAGUCAUCACAUAAUCAACAUUUUUCAC